UAAUUAAUAAAUAAUCGUUUAAACCAUUUAGUGGCGAAUAUGUAAAUUUACACACAGUUGAAUUUCAUCAAAUGCAAGGUAUUUUUCUCUCUUUUGUCCAAUGUGAUCCAUCUCUGUGCUCGACAGCUGCUGCAGAGCUUCAAGAUUAUGGACUACAGUUUGUUGGUGGGGAUCCAUAACUCAGACCAGGCAUCCCGCGAGCGAGCGGGGGUAACAGAGGGCGGGGGGUCAGAGGGCGCCGUGACGCCAGACCACCGGAGGCCACAGGCUCAGAAAGCUCUCUACAGCACAGCUAUGGAGUCCAUACAGGGAGAGGCCAAAGGAAAAGGAACCCUGGAAACAGAAGACCAAUGGGGAGGAAUCCCUGCACGCAACAGUAGAGGAGAGAGAAUACUGAUUUAUAUUGGGAUUAUUGAUAUAUUACAGUCCUACAGAUUUAUAAAAAAAAUAGAGCAUUCCUGGAAGGCCUUGGUUCACGAUGGGGACACGGUCUCUGUACAUCGGCCUGGAUUCUACGCUGAGCGAUUCCAGCGUUUCAUGUGCAACACCGUUUUUAAGAAAGCCUGUAAGUUCAUUAACAGAUCACAAACAAUUUAA